CAGAAAUGAUUGAAAAUUAUAUUCUAGUUAACAGAUGCCUAGAUUAGUGAAACAAUAUAAAGUUAGCAUAAGUAGCAGUAGUUAUGCUAAGGCCUCAUAGGCCCGGUAAACUUCAAGUGAACUUUAGUGCUUUAGUGCCAGGUAGAUCGGAAGAUGUAUUAUCUAGAAAAUGUACUAAACCUUAUCUAUGGAAUGCACCUUUUGGCUGAGUAACGGAUGUCAGGGUGUACCUAAUAAAUCUCUGUAUGCUAUCUCUAAAAGUGUGCAGGGAGAUGUUGGAUAUAUAAACCCUGUAAAUUCUGUGGCAAAUUGGGGCUCUGACUUUGGACAAUAGUCCUCAGGUCCCCAGGGCCCUCAAUAAAGCACCGCAUAAAACAACUUUGUUGUUUUGUGUCUUUCUACUCGGAUCGGGCAACAGUUUUCUGGCGACCGCGGCAGGACUCCGAAGGUGGCUGGGGCGGUUCACGUCCUGAUCCACUCCACGCCGGCACCGAGGGAUUCUCGGGGAGUCAUCGGUUCGUGCCCGACCCCUGCGCCUGUCGGACGACUGUGAGGAGAACUCUCAACAGCCUACGGGGAGCCCUGCAGUGGAACCGACCUCUACCACUGGAGAACCCCGUCCAUGACAUCCAGCCUGGUGACCGAGUGUAUGUGAAAAACUGGUUUACUGAUCCACUGAAAGAAACAUGGGACGGUCCUUACCAGGUGAUCCUGACGACAUACACAGCAGUAAAGGUGGCGGGAAUCGACACCUGGAUCCACUACACUCGAGUCAAGAAAAUUCCAACACAAUGGGAGGCUCAGAUGGUCUCCCCGACGCGAAUGAUAUUUCGCGCAAAGCCGCAUUCUUAAUUAUUCUGUUACUGGUAAUGAUGAAAUUGAUACCUACUCAAGGUGUUGUGGUUGUUACUGUUUCAGAAUCUGUUGUCGGAAUCAUGGAAGGGAUGGAUGUGAAUCUGACCUGUGCUGUUACCAAUGACCAGAAAGCUGAAGCCCGAGAUUUACGAGUAUUCUGGAAACAAGGAGCUGGGUACCCCAAGGCAAGUUUUACUACCGUUUGGGAUAGGGAUGCACAGAAAGGAAAUACCACAUUACAAUUAAAGCAAGUAACCAAGGAAGAUAUGGAAAUCUAUAUGUGUAUAGUGCAAAUUAAGUAUAGCUUUGACUAUAAGAAAAUCAAAUUGAGGGUGGUAUCUUGGAGAUUACGGGAAGGAACUGUCUCUCAGGAAUCGGUGUCAGUUAAGCCAACAUCCGCUAUUCAAGACAUUUGGGACGGUCCCCCGUUAAAGCUCAAUUGCCCAUUCACGCUGACAGAAGCAUGUAAACAAGAUGUGAAGGUUAAGUGGUGGAGAGAACAACAACAAAUGUGGGAACAAAUUGACCAGGGGGUGAGUUGGUGGAAAGUAGGGGACAGAGGAAUUGGGUGGUUAAACAUCUCGGACCCUAAACAAGGCAUGGAUGAAGGGCAUUAUCUGUGUUUAGUUAUGUGUGGAUUAGAUGCAGACUAUGGUAUCCGAUCGUCAAUAGCUAAGGCACAUUUGGGAGAAAGGGUUAAAGCAACACGUGGAAUAUUUCGAGCAGUACGGAACAAGGCAGUCAUUCUAGUCUGUAAGAUAGAAAGAGAUGUACAGUUUAUUGAAUAUGGAUGGUGGUUUAAGGGAAACAAUAUAUGGGACAAGGAAGGGAAAUAUCGCAGGGAAAAACGAUCAGACCAAACUGUCAUCCUUAUAAUCAAGGACGUACAGCCUGAGGACGAGGGAUAUUACUGGUGCUGGAUUAGCAAGGAUUCUUGGUGGGGACAUUCAAGGACGAUAGUCUCACUCACUCGAGGGAAACCAAGAGGAGUAAGAGAAACCAAUAUCACUAUUCAAAAUGAGCAGGAACAAGAAAAUCUGAUAGUAGGAUUGAUCAGAGAUUUUGGGACAGUACAAAAUGUCUCACGAAUCACAGCAUGUCUUCCGCUCCCACAGGCAGCUGGGGAACCUAUUCCAUGGGGAGUGAUUCCGGUCCCAAUGCCUCCAACAAUACAAGGGAACAUGACAGUUAUGUGUCAAAUGGAGGUUGUGGAGAAGGAGGUAGUAGAGAUUAAAGAAGGCUAUUCCCCUGUAUGGAGAUAUUCAUCAAUUUGGGAUUGUCGGGAAAAAGGAGGUAGAUACGAACCAAAACCUGGAUUGUAUGGAAGAUUAGGAAAUUAUGGUUGGUGUUUUGAUAAGCAAGACCAACAAAUCAAGAGGAAGCAAUUAUCCCGGGAAAUGCAAUGUCAUAAUAUGACACAAGAACAGCCCAUAUGGGACCACUGGGAGGCAAUUUGGGGUCCAAGUUUGCUGGAACACUAUAGUUAUAUUGGGCCUGUUGAUUGGUGUGUACAGUGGUCAGGAAGUAAAAACCAAUCACAUGACGAAGUGUCGGAGAUAUAUACCUCAACUAGAGAGAGGGUGAUAACAAAGGAAAACUGGAAUUGUACAGAAGUUUAUACAUGUGAUACUCCAGGGGAUCAAAUUAGCCUAGUCCCGGUAAGGGUCCUUUUGAAAUGGGGAUGUGAAUGUAGGAAAUACAAUCAUACAGGUCUCCUGUAG